AUGAGGCUGUCAGUGUACUUUGUGCACAACAGGAGGGACGAGGAAGGUGGAACUGCACCCCCUGAACUGCAGAUCCCAGAGCCACAGAUUCCUGAAGACUGUCAUAUUUUUCAAGCACCUGUUCAUAAAGCCCAGCAACUGACCCCAUCCAAACCCUUGGCACAAAUGGGAUUUGAUUGCGUUGUUCCAAGUACCUUCAUGACCCAGAGGUUCCCUUUGCCUGGAAAAUGCUUGCUUAGGAAGGUUAUUCCUUUCCAGUUGUAUCACUGGGGCACAAGGACACACUGCCACCAGCCUUGCCCGUGCCGUGCCCGACGAACUCCUCCACGCCUCUCGCAGCCGCCACUCGCCGGGCACAGCCGGGACUCGGGACCGGCCCCCGCUCGCCUCCCGCCCGCCCUCCCCGUGCCCGGAAGCGCACGGCGGCCGUCCCAGAGCGCCCGGCCCGGCGCGGGAGCCGCCACGGGAGCCGCUCGCAGCGCCGCGGCCGCCGCCGCCCGCCCGCCGCCUCCGGGGCGUCCCCCGGCCCCGCAGCUGACGGCGCUGGAGUGGCGCAUCGUGGAGCUGCACCGGGAGGCGGCUGCGGCGGGCCGGCAGACCUACGUGGACCCAGCCACGGGCUACCAGGUGCUCACCGAGGCCGCCCACUUGCAGAGAGGUAAAUGCUGUGGCUCUGCGUGCAGACAUUGUCCAUAUGAGCAAGUUAACGUAAGAGACCAGUCGAAAAAGAAGCGCUUCAACUCUUUUUUCUAUGUGUGACCAUGAACGCCUCUGCACUCUGCAAGAACGGCUGCAGGACCUGAGCACACCUUGUAGCUCCACGUGGCUGCCACCACCAGCUCACUGCCAUGCGCCGUGCCUGCAGCCGGCACACGGUGACUGCGCUUUUGUUGCAAUAAAGCACCAACUGAACGGUG